AUGUUGACGCCCGAAGAUGUCGCCGUCGAAGCCAUGGCUCUAACCGGUGAAGAGAAAGAGGAAGAGCUGAUCAAGGAACCCAUAUUAGAGGAUACUGUUUCCCUCGGUGUCAUACUGGCCAUGGCCAGCGGGAUGGGAGGCCUACAAGUCGUCUGCUCUACCAUCUUCUCCAACGGUACCAUCUACCUCAAAGCGCUUGGACUGACUCACGCCUGGACGUCGGCUAUCUGGUCCAUACCGGCUAUAUGCGGUUUUGCAAUGCAACCAGUUGUGGGUGCCUAUAGCGACUCCUUCCCAAGUCGCUACGGGAGACGCAGACCAUUCGUGGUGGUCGGUGCCGGCGGCAUAAUCCUCUCAAUCCUAAUCCUAGCAUCGGCGGGUUCUCUUGGCAGUUGGACAGCAGCGCUCAUCCACCACGAUGUGAAGAUAGCGGAGUCGAUGGCAAAGGCAUAUGCCAUAUUCGCCAUCUGCACGUUGAGUCUCUCCAUUCAGCCCUUACAGUGCGGGUUGAGAGCACUUGCACUCGAUCUGUGCCCUGCUCGUCAACAGGUUCAGGCCCAAAGCUGGACCGCAAGGCUGUCCGGAAUUGGUCAGAUCGUGGGAUGUGUGGCCGGCAUUGUGUACUAUCCCAACGGAGACUCUCUCGACGACGUGAUGACCUUCCGAGUGUUGUCGACAGUCUGUAUCGUAGCGGUGAGCGGGACAGUUGUGCUCACUUGCUUGGGCGUCAAAGAGCUUCCAGGUUCCCGAAGUCUUGGUAAGACGCAAACUCAGCAGUCGCUGACUGCUACACUCCGUAACCUUCUUCGAUCGGCUCGAGAUAUUGGAGGCACGCUGGGGCGAGUCUUUCUAAUCCAAAGCCUGAGUUGGAUGGGAUGGUUUGGUUUCUUGUUCUACAAUGCAAGUCACAUCAGCAGCUUAUAUUCGCUGUCUCCGGAACCACACGUUCAAAGCCAAACAAGCAGUCAUCUUGGAUCAUUUGUCACACUGCUGUUUUCAAUUGUCGGAUUUGCGACGACCAUACUACUACCGCUGGCCCUCGAACACAGCCAGUCAAAAGGGCGUUUCAAGUCUCGCCGUGGAUUCCACCAGGAGGUUCGCUGCUCAAGUCUGUUGUUGCUCUGGUCAUCAGGCCUGGGACUCUCGGCAGCCUUGAUGCUCAUAUUGUCAUUGGCAUCCAGCUGGAAGCUCGCAAUGGCAGUGACCACAGCAAAUGGAGUCUCUUUUGCUAUCACUAGCUGGCUGCCGUUUGCAAUAAUAGGCCGCAUCACUCGAGAGCGUGACGCCUACGACCUGUCCAUUCCUAGCCACAUUGGCAUGCGGUCAGGGGCCACGCAACAUUCGGGUGGCGUGGUGAAUGGCCUCCACAACGCAGCAAUCUCUGGACCCCAAAUCUUGGCUGCGGCCAUUUGUGGUAUAAUCCUUGAGACUGCUCGAAGAGUAGGGAGUGUUCAUGGCACAGGAUGGCUGCUGGCUGCAUGUGGUCUGAGCUAUCUCGCUGCUGGAUAUCUUGCUUUUCGAUCUUCUCGACACAAGAUGUUCGAUUCUGGCAAUUUAAGGGCGGAUAUUGGAUGA